AUGGAAAAUUGCACAAUACCCACAAAUGUGGUAACAGACACACUUAAUCCCAUUCUAAAAAAAAUCUUAAGCAAAAGCAAAUCAACACACUUGAUCAGACUAGAUACAGUGACAAAUGAAAUCAAGCUAAAAGUUGAUAAGCCUCAUUUGGGACUCAUCUACCUUGAGUCUCCGUACAUAGCCAUCCCAUCCUUUGACCUUCUUAAACUCAUUGAAAGAGGUAAGUGCUGUGGUUUAUGCGGCGGAGUGCUGAAAAUCUAUGACAAUGGUAAGAUGAAAGACGAUGGGAACAAAAGCACUCGACAGAAGCAGACACACAUUGAGAAGCAUGAGAGGUAUAUUAAUGGUCUUGACUGCUCGGAGUGUGAAGUACGUUGGUGUGAUAAACAGUGUAAAGACCUUGAUUUCAAGCAUAUGCUCUUGAACCACAGGCCCUCAAACAAAUCAACGUCUCAUUCAUUCCUCGAUGUUGCUGGUAACGAGAAAGAUAUAUUUUAUUUUGACAAGUGGACCAAGCUGAAGAAUCUUCUGGUAAGUGAGAAUUUGGAUGUUGUAUACAACACAUUUAUGUGCAUAAUACAAAUAUAUUAUGAUGAAACUUUGGUACAAGGUUUUGAAUCGCUAAAAUGUGUUGUCUGUGACGACGAAUCACAGCUUGAGCUUUACAUAAAUUCGUGGAACAUCUUGAAAGUUAUUGAUUUGAAGACCCUUUGGCAAAGCUUUACUGGCUGUUUUAAAAAACUCAACAUGUCAUAUUUGAGUUUUCUAAAGUAUGUGAUAAUUUUCAAACUAAAUAACUACAACGGUUCCAUCUACCUCAUAUUCUCAGCGAUGACUAAAUCUGACUCUGUUGAGCCCAAUGUCAAAGUCGAGUAUUAUGAUGGAGCUACUCAGUAUGAUUAUGAGGAGUUUAGCGUUAGGACUGGCGAGGAUAAUGCUGUUCAUAUGAUAAAAGAACAUGUCGUGGAUAGGGCUUCUGUGAAGCCAAUAUAUACCAAUAGAUCGUCAGGUAUUCUUGACAAAAAGGUCAUCCAGGUUUCAAAUACUGCACGGGUAUCUAAUACAGCACCUUUGGUGUUACCUGAUGAAGAUUUUUCCAACCCUGCCGAUGUGGAAGAUGAUGAAAUCGAGUUUCUUUCUGACGGCGAAUCAGAUACCAAAAUCCCCAAAAUUGUACUUCCGGUUUUGCCUUCCUAUACACAGAAAACUACAAAUUCAAAAAUAAGAGCUGCAUCAUUCACAUCUUCUGGUGCCUCUUUCGGUGAAGGCAUUAUAAAAUACAAUAGAGAUCAGAUCAGGGAAAUGCUUGAGAAUAUGUCGCAUUCCAUGAGAUUGGAUGAAGAGUCAUCAGACGAAGCUGAGGACGCUAUUGAUGAUGAGAUUUCCAGCUCUGUUGGUUCUUCUAUUAGCAGAAAUAUUGUUUCAAUGGUUAAAAACCUUCAGGUGAACAAUGCAGCAUCGCAAAGAAGAAAAAGCGUGAAAUUUGAAGAGAAAGUGACUACUAUCUAA